GAUUUACAAAUUUCUAGCACCCCAGAAAGUGAAUAUAAUAGUGAUAAUAGUUUAAAAAGUUUAGAAGAUAAUAGUAUACUUAUAGAUGAUUUAGAGAAUAACAAUAAUGAUAUGUCCGUAAAUAGCUUAGAAAAUAAGAAUGAGCAUCAACCAGUAUUUGCCAAAUUUGGUCAAAAAUUAAUCAUUGAUCAAGUUGAAUACUAUCUUAAGUUUCAAGAAUAUCCAAAGACAUCUUAA